UGCACAGCGGCACAACAGAUGGUGCGCUAUACACUACUACAGCAUAUCUUUUGCUUUUGAACAACUCAUUGUACACACCUUACACACAUUUGGUAUAUAGAAAGGUUCAUUGCGAGGGAAAAACUCGACUUUUAACUCGUGAUCCUUUCAAGACAGAAUUUGGUGUCAAGGUCAGGAGUGGCCAUGCCAUUUGGCUGUUUAACAAUCGGCGAAAAAAAGGAUUACCACAGUCCUUCAGACGUGACGGACAAGUAUGACAUGGGUCAAAUUGUUAAAUCGGAGGAGUUCUGUGAGAUAUUCAGAGCCAAGGACAAAAAUACGAUGAGAAUGUACACAUGCAAAAAGUUCCUCAAGAAGGAUGGAAGGAAGGUGCGCAAAGGUGCAAAAAAUGAAAUCCUCAUCUUAAAGAUGGUGAAGCAUCCCAAUAUUCUCCAACUGGUGGAUGUCUUUGAGACUAAAAAGGAAUACUUCCUCUUUCUUGAGCUUGCAACAGGCAGAGAAGUGUUCGACUGGAUCCUGGAUCAAGGCUAUUACUCAGAGCGGGAUACCAGCAAUGUGGUGCGCCAGGUCUUGGAAGCUGUCGCCUACCUCCACUCCCUGCACAUUGUUCACAGAAAUCUUAAGUUGGAGAACUUGGUUUACUACAACCGCUUGAAGCACUCUAAAAUAGUCAUCAGUGACUUCCAUCUUGCCAAACUGGAGAAUGGAUUAAUCAAAGACCCCUGUGGGACUCCAGAGUAUUUGGCGCCGGAGGUGGUUGGCAGACAGCGAUACGGUCGGCCUGUGGACUGCUGGGCAACAGGUGUCAUAAUGUACAUUCUACUGUCGGGCAACCCUCCUUUCUAUGAUGAGAGUGAUGAGGAUGAUUAUGAAAAUCAUGAUAAGAACCUGUUCCGAAAGAUCCUUGCAGGCGAUUAUGAGUUUGACUCUCCAUACUGGGAUGAGAUCUCAGAUUCAGCUAAGAGUCUGGUUGCACGUCUGAUGGAGGUGGAUCAAGACCAGAGACUGACGGCUCAGGAGGCUAUAAACCAUGAAUGGAUCUCUGGUGGUACAGCUUCAGAUAAAAACAUCAAGGAAAACGUAUGUGCGCAAAUAGAGAAGAACUUUGCAAGAGCCAAAUGGAAGAAAGCUGUGCGGGUCACCACAAUCAUGAAGAGACUGAGAGCAACUGAGCAAAGUAACACAAAGGUCUCCAGUCCGGCAGCCAGCGCCACAGCGGACCCCGCAGCUCCCGAGGCUGCCGCAGACCCCUCUGCACCUUCACCUGCUGCCGCCACACCACAGGAAGUGGUCACGGAGAUAAACAAGCCACUUCUAGAGGCCGUAGAUGAGGCAGAGCAACAGCUGCCGAACCCACCGCCGCAGGAAGCAGAGCCCGUAUCUCGCUGCAAUGGAGAUACUGUGGCUCCGCUCAAUGUAGGCAAUGAUGUGGGGGAUGAACAGGGAUAAGCCCCCCUUUGUCCUUACUGCUGUGACCUCUGCAUACCUGACAACUCCUGCACACUGUACAUUAGCUGCUAGCAUGGUGACACUGACUCUGCUUCUUACUUGCAGCAUUAUUAUCAUCUGGAGGCUGUGUGCUACCUUUACUGAGUGCUCUGCGUUGCAUCAGCAUUCUAUUUAAACGAAUUGCAUCUUAUUUUCCUAGCCCCCAGUGUACAACAGAUUCUAUGAAAUAUUAAUUAAUAAUAGUUCGAAGGGGAAGAACAGAUUUGCUGUCAAGUUGUGGCUUAACAAAGACUUUCUGUUAUGUCUCUCAAAUCAGUGAUGAUUCCUUUUUAAAAGCAGACUUGGGAAAUAUCUCUCUGCCAGCAUUUGUUCUUUAAAACGGACAAAGGUUUAAACUUGAUAAUGUUAACGCCACGUACCCCCGUGACCCGAAUAAGGGAGGUUGUUCUGUCAUAUCCACAGUACCUAACAGUUACUAUACGUUGGACAAUGCUGGAAUAGCCGAAUAUUUGGCCCCUGUGUGACCUCACACAAAAGCACAAAAGAAGAAAAACAGUUUGGUCCUUUGCUUACUCCCUGAUCAGGAAAGAACCUCAUAGUUGUAGGUCUAAACAUGGAGAACUUUGUAGAAGUAGCUGAAAAAGCAUGCAUUCUCACUUGUUGCUGUUUAUUUUGCAUUUACAGUGGAUAGAAAAAGUCGACAGAUCACUUUUCAAAUGAUAUAUAUUUGUGAAAUUAAAAAUGACACUAAGAUAAACCAUUUCAAAAUCGUUUCCACCAUUAAUGUGACCUAUAGCCUGUACAACUCAAUUGAAAAACAGUUUUAAAAAAAAAACAACUUUAAAAAAUGUGCUCGCAAAAAUGUGCACAGUCGCUUGUAAUUGGGAUGGAGCUGUGGUCACAAUCAACCAAUCACUUAAUGGUUCAGCCCACACCUGCCACCAUGUAAAGUGCCUGCCCCUUAACCCAAAAUAACACAUACCACAACAACACAUUUUCCGACGUGUUUGGGGAAUUUUGUUAAGGUCCGACGAAACCAACAAACUUUUUGGCCAUAAUUCCAAACGGUACAUUUGGUGCAAAUGCACCACUGGAGUGAAGCACCUUUUGACUUCUGCUAGAAAGUAAAAAAAAAAAAAAAAAAGCACCCUAACCCUAACCACUAGAAUUUGAACCUGAAAUUUAUUAGGGGUUGAUUAGAGGCCCUUUAAUUGGUUAGUGCUGCCUAUUUAAUAGCAGUUUCAAUGUGAUGGGUUAACUCUGAACACAGCCACAUCUCCAGUUUUAAGCAGGUGUGCAGACUUGUGCAACCACACCAUUUCAGUUGUUUAACUUCCCCUCUCGAAAAGAUAAUUUGUUUUCCAAUUGAUUGAUCCAUAUUUUUUUUAUACCACAAAAUCCUGGCAUCUGAACAGGGGUGUGUAAACUUUUAUAUCCACUGUACACAGCCACUUGGUGGUUAAAGACACACUGGUUCCAACUUUACACCUGACACAUGCCGUGUUGAAACUGUUUUAAGAGUGUCCUUCACUCUAUGUGCUGUUUUAUUUUGUGCCCCACUUCAUGUUCAUGUUUGCCUUAUAAAAUAUGAGCAGUAUUCAUCACGUGGCAGUUCUAUGCAGUUAAAUUACUUUGUAGCUUUUCUUUGCUAAAAGCACCACAGUAGACUUAAUGACAUCACAACUGAUCAUAUUUGAGAGAGUUAUUGUUUUGCUGCAUCCCAGUUUGCCUUGGUCUACACUUUGCAUUGGGGUAUUUACUCCUGUGCCACAACGUCUUAAUCACACAUUUGUUAUAGUAAUAGUAGUAAUCAAUAUCAAUGCAUGUGUACCAUUUCUUGUCAAUGGUACCUAUAAGCAUUAAUAAUGAUGAACGGAAGGAGUGGAAAUUGCGGUAUAUUUGACAAGCUGCAGAAACAGGGAUUCAUGAGGUCCUUUGGAUUGUCCAUGUUACUGUUGGAAGUUUGUAGUCCCUGCCAGCUGCCACUUGGCCAUUAAAUCAAUAGGAGACUGUUUAAUUGCGUGUGUGUGUGUGUGUGCGUGCGUGCGUGUCUGCCUGCAUGUCACAAGUGGAUUUUAUGUGGUGUUGGUGUGGAGGCAAAAAAGGUGGAGCCAAAUUCAGGGAAGGAGGAGAAACGAGCCAGGGGAGGAGGCAUAUCACCCCCCCCCAAAAAAAAAAAAAAAUCAAUAAAAAAUUCAAAAACCAAAACGGAAACAAGGCACAUUGGAUAUUCAAAACACUAAAUUAAUUAACUCCACCUCCCCCCCCCAAAAAAAACUAUUCCAAGUAACAAACAAAAAUGGGGAGUAAACUCCCCACGACGACAGAAACGUGACAUAUGGCGUCAAUGAUCUCACAUCGAUUGAAAGAAACCAGGGAACGAAAUACAAGCAAAUUGACGAGACAAUGAGGCACAUAUGGACAAGACUCAAGUGGCUCGAGGAAGCCCAUUGGUAGACACAAGGAGCAGGGUUGAUGAGAACUGCUGGGGACGAAAACCUAACGAGUAGACACGACAAAAAGGGACACAGGCAAAACAUGACAUUACAUGAAAUAAAAACUAAAUCUCAUCAAAACAAAGUCAACAACAACAGAAAUCAUGACAGUGUGUGUAAGUAUGUAACAAAAAAAAAAAAAAAAAAAAAGGCUGAAGGCUGAUGGACACAAUGACAGAAUUUACUCUGCAUGGUUCAAGUGACAAAAAAAAAAAAAAAGUAACACAAAUUGGAUAUGUGUCAACUAAAUAGGAGUGGAUAUCCUUAGAUUUGAAUCAGGCCUCUUCCAAAUGUGGAAAUCUGCAGCGUGAAUGGACUGAUCAGGUAUACGACGUUGAUGCCAUCGAAAUACACCGAUUUAUAUACACUUGUGUCUGCCCAAACAAUGCAAAUAAACACUUUAAAAUGUGUACAUUGAAAGCAGAGACAAUUACAUAUGGUCUAAUUAAGGCACAUCAGAGGUGUAUGAAUGAUUAAUUGAGAAAAAUGAUUGAUGACGGCAGCUCGGGAAGUACAAUGUACCUCCGCAUAUUCGCAAGUUCACCUUUUCACAGAUAUUUGGGGGGAACAUAUACGGUGCGUGUGCGUGCAAAUAUGUUGUUAUGCCUGUGUCCCCAGUUGUUCUUCUGUGUUGAAAUACGAUUCUAUCGGAAACAAACGGCGACAUACAAAAUGUGCGCAUUUUUUUCCAUAAUCUAGAAUUAAUGAAGAAAUAUGUAUUUUAGAUAAAAAUGACACAAGAUUUGUUAAGAUUUCAAAGUGAUUUGUUGCUGCAAAGCCAUAUUCACCCUGUGCUUAAUGUGAUUCCAUUAUUAUUUGUUAUUGUGUCUUUGAUAAGAGGUUAAUUCAGAAUUUCAGAGAUGUUUGUACGAAUAGAUGAUUUGAUGUAAAUCAUCCUGUUUGUUUAGAUGACAGAUACAGUAAAUACUGUACAAACACUGUUACACUGUUUGAAGUAAUGCUUUCUCCCCAUUACAUUUCUCAAUGUAGUAUUCCAUGUCUGGUCAUUUGCCACACAUUCACAGGCGUAUUUUGUUGUUGUGAUGUUUUCUCGGACCAGUGGUCAGCUGUAGGUCCUAUCUUGCAUUUCUGGGCUCUGUAUUGUACUACUUGACUGAGUUGAUGACUUUGGUGGUAAUAAAAUAUA